AUGGCGCCUCAGUCCUCCAACGCGCCACACCAGGCGAUGGCAGCGGGUGAAGCGCAGUUCACAUGGCGAGGUUUUUGGAUCGCCUUCCUGAUUUCACUUGGGCAGCUUGCGGCCGGAUAUCCUUCCGCUCUCAUUGGCACCACUCUCGGAGAACCAAGUUUCCUCAUCUACAUGGGUCUCUACACUAAAGGAGCGACGGGCUCUUUUACACCAACGACCAAAAUCACACAGCUCAUCGGAGCUAUGAACGGCGUUUAUCAAGCUGGUGCCGUUAUUGGUGUGCUAGGCGCUCCCUACAUCAUGGAUCGCUGGGGGCGAAGAGCCGGCUUCGUCUAUGCUUCGACAUUCUCAAUCCUUGGGGGUGCAAUUGUCACUGGCUCUAACGGUGUGGCGAUGUUUAUUACGGCUCGCUUCUUUGUAGGCCUCGGGGCCUGGGCCUUUGUGGCCAUCACGCCGACGUACACCGCAGAAGUUGCACCACCAAGGCUCCGAGGAUUCUUUGUUGGAUUGAACGGCGUCUGCGUCACCCUUGGAUACGGUCUGGGUAAGCCCCUACAGACUUUCCAUCCUCAGACGUUGGCUAGCCAAGAACUGACCGAAGCUCCAGCCGCUUACAUGGGCAUGGCAUUCUAUUAUGCACCAUAUGGUGAGGUUCAGUGGCGCGUUCCUCUUGGUCUUGCUCUAGUGUUUCCGCUCGCAAUGCUUGUCAUCACUUGGUUUUUGCCAGAGUCACCGCGCUGGUUGUUGUUGCGCGGCCGGGGAGACGAGGCUCGUGCUGUUAUCAUGGACCUGCACUCUGUGAAAGGUGACCCGGACUGCGCAUUCGCUCGGGCCGAAUUUUACCAAAUAAGCCAACAAGUCGAGAUCGACCGCACGAUGAACCCAUCAUGGCUCGAGAUAUUCCGUCGUCCCUCAUAUCGUAAACGAGCCAUACUAGCGAUGGGCUUUGCCUUUCUUGGUCAAUCCACUGCUGAACUCGUCAUCAACAACUACGGACCUCUUCUGUAUUCUGAACUUGGAUACGGAACCGAAGAUCAGCUCCGCUUUCAGUGCGGAUGGAUUACUACCAUUAUUAUCACGAAUAUCCUCAGCGCUUUGAUUAUGGAUAAGAUCGGAAGAAAGCCAUUGAUGCUUACCGCCAUCUUUGGAUGCUGCGCCUGUCUUAUCCUCGAAACCGUUGUGGUUGCUGUUUUCACCGAGACAGGAACCAACAAAGUUGGCCUCGCCUUCGGCGUUGUUGCACUCUAUCUGUUGAUCGCAUUCAACGGCAUUGGAGUCGACUCAUGCGGUUAUGUAUGGUAUACCGAGAUCUUUCCGAAUCACAUUCGCGCAAAGGGGCUGUCCGUCUGUGUUGCAACGCUUGCUCUUACCAACCUCCUGUAUCUGCAAGUCUCGGCGACGGCUUUCCAACAUAUUGGCAAGUAUAACUAA